CGCUGGAGCUGAGUGUGAGUGAGCGGGUUUGUGUAGACGUGUCAGCUCCGGAAGCGCAGCACCUCCAGCAGCCCGCUGCUGUUGGAUCAGACCGGCUACGACACCGGAGCUUUAGCGGCGAUUCCAUUAUUUUACUGGAGUGAACCGACCCUCAGCGAGGCUGCAGAGUCCGUCCGACAUGCUGACCAAGUUCGAGACCAAGUCCGCCCGAGUGAAGGGGCUGAGUUUCCAUCCAAAGCGGCCCUGGAUCCUCGCCAGUUUGCACAAUGGGGUCAUUCAGCUUUGGGACUACCGCAUGUGCACCCUCAUUGACAAGUUUGACGAACACGAUGGGCCAGUCAGAGGGAUUGACUUCCACAAACAGCAGCCUCUGUUUGUUUCCGGCGGGGACGACUACAAAAUUAAGGUGUGGAAUUAUAAACUUCGCCGCUGUCUUUUCACCCUGCUGGGUCAUCUGGACUACAUCCGCACUACCUUCUUCCACCAUGAGUACCCAUGGAUCCUGAGUGCCUCAGAUGAUCAGACCAUCCGCAUCUGGAACUGGCAAUCCAGGACUUGUGUGUGUGUUCUGACUGGCCAUAAUCAUUAUGUGAUGUGCGCUCAGUUCCACCCGUCGGAGGACCUAGUGGUGUCGGCCAGUUUGGACCAGACCGUGCGCGUGUGGGAUAUUUCCGGUUUGAGGAAGAAGAACCUGUCUCCUGGUGCUGUGGAAACAGAAGUUCGUGGCAUUACCGGUGUAGAUCUGUUUGGUGCCUCUGAUGCUGUUGUCAAACACGUCCUUGAGGGUCAUGACCGAGGGGUUAACUGGGCAGCAUUCCACCCCAGCAUGCCCCUCAUUGUGUCGGGAGCUGAUGAUCGGCAGGUGAAGAUCUGGAGAAUGAAUGAGUCAAAGGCGUGGGAGUUGGACACCUGCAGGGGGCACUACAACAACGUGUCCUGCGCUGUGUUCCACCCUCGGCAGGAGCUGAUUCUGUCCAACUCAGAGGAUAAGAGCAUCCGCGUGUGGGACAUGUCCAAAAGGACAGGGGUUCAGACCUUCCGCAGAGACCAUGACCGCUUCUGGGUGCUUGGAGCCCACCCCAACCUCAACCUGUUUGCUGCAGGUCAUGAUAGUGGUAUGCUGGUGUUUAAGCUGGAGCGAGAGCGUCCUGCGUACGCAGUGUAUGGUAAUAUGCUUUACUACGUGAAAGACCGCUUCCUGCGUCAACUCGACUUCAACAGCAGCAAAGACACUGCCGUCAUGCAGCUGCGCAGUGGUUCUAAGUUUCCCGUGUUCAGUAUGUCCUACAACCCUGCGGAGAAUGCUGUGCUUCUGUGCACUAGAGCCACCAACCUGGAGAACAGCACAUACGACCUGUACUCAAUCCCACGAGAGAGCGACUCCCAGAAUCCUGAUGCUCCAGAGGGAAAGCGAUCCUCAGGGCUGACCGCCGUGUGGGUGGCAAGGAAUCGCUUUGCUGUUCUGGACCGCAUGCACUCGCUGCUGAUCAAGAACCUGAAGAAUGAGAUUGUAAAGAAGGUGCAGGUUCCAAGCUGUGAGGAGAUUUUCUACGCUGGGACAGGUUCUCUGCUGCUGCGUGAUGCUGAUGGAGUCACUUUGUUUGACGUCCAGCAGAAACGCUCCCUGGCCACUGUGAAAAUUGCCAAGGUCAAAUACGUGGUGUGGAGUGCAGACACCAGCCACGUAGCCCUGCUGGCCAAACAUGCCAUCAUGAUCUGUAACAGGAAGCUGGAAAGUCUGUGUAACAUUCAUGAGAACAUCCGCGUGAAGAGCGGCGCUUGGGACGAGAGUGGAGUGUUCAUCUACACCACCUCCAACCACAUCAAAUAUGCCCUCACCUCCGGUGAUCACGGUAUAAUCCGCACACUGGAUUUGCCCAUCUAUGUGACCCGUGUAAGGGGGAACAGUGUGUACUGUCUGGACCGUGAGUGCAGACCUCGAGUGCUUAACAUCGACCCCACGGAGUAUCGCUUUAAACUCGCUCUCGUCAACCGCAAGUAUGAAGAGGUGCUGCACAUGGUGCGUAACGCUAAGCUGGUGGGACAGUCCAUUAUUGCCUACCUUCAGAAAAAGGGCUACCCAGAGGUUGCGCUACACUUCGUAAAGGACGAGAAAACACGCUUCAGUCUGGCUCUGGAGUGUGGAAACAUUGAGGUGGCGCUGGAAGCAGCAAAGGCCCUAGAUGAGCGGAGCUGCUGGGAGCGCCUAGGCGAGGCUGCUCUACUGCAGGGUCACCACCAGGUGGUGGAGAUGUGCUAUCAAAGAACCAAAAACUUUGACAAACUCACUUUCCUCUAUUUGAUCACUGGCAACCUGGCCAAACUAAGGAAGAUGAUGAAGAUUGCUGAGAUCAGGAAGGAUAUGAGUGGUCAUUAUCAGGGUGCUCUGUAUCUGGGAGAUGUCAGCGAGAGAGUUCGUAUCCUCAAAAACUGUGGGCAGAAGUCUUUGGCCUAUUUGACUGCUGCAACUCAUGGCAUGGAUGAAGAGGCUGAAGCCCUGAAGGAGACCUUUGACCUGGAGAAGGAGAUGAUUCCAGAGGUGGACCCUAAUGCCCAGCUGCUGCAACCUCCUCCCCCCAUUAAUCCACUGGACACUAACUGGCCCCUGCUCACAGUUUCAAAGGGUUUCUUUGAGGGAGCCAUCGCUGCCAAGGGGAGAGCUGGUCAAAUGGCGGCUGAUCUGGACAUGGAUGCACCUGGAGGAGAAGGUUGGGGAGAGGAUGCUGAACUACACCUGGAUGAAGACGGCUUUAUGGACGCUCAGGAUGGUCUAGGGGAUGAUGUAGGUGUAGGGAAGGAGGAAGGCGGAGGCUGGGAGGUGGAGGAGGACCUGGACCUGCCCCCAGAACUGGACGUACCUGCUGGUGCAGGAGGAGGAGCUGAAGGAGAAGGUUUCUUUGUUCCACCUACCAAAGGUGUUAGUCCCACCCAGAUGUGGUGUAAUAACUCCCAGCUGCCCGUCGAUCACAUGCUUGCUGGGUCCUUCGAAACUGCCAUGCGGUUACUGCAUGAUCAGGUUGGAGUGGUCCAAUUUGGGCCAUAUAAACAGCUGUUCCUACAGACCUUCUCCCGCGGUCGGACGUGUUAUCUGGGUCUGCCGUCACUCCCCUGCCUGCAAGGUAACCCCCAGAGAAACUGGAAGGACUGUGGGCUGAAGGGUGGACUGCCUGCGGUGGGCCUGCGCCUUGCUGACCUCAUUGCCCGUCUGCAGCAGUGCUACCAGCUGACCACAGCUGGGCGCUUUGAGGAGGCUGUGGAGCGCUUCAGGGUCAUUCUGCUGUCCGUUCCUCUGCUGGUGGUGGACAACAAACAGGAAAUCGCAGAGGCUCAGCAGUUGAUCACUAUUUGCAAAGAGUAUAUUGUGGGUCUCACCAUGGAAACGGAGCGCAAGAAACUACCUAAAGACACACUAGAUCAGCAAAAGAGGCUGUGUGAGAUGGCAGCGUACUUCACCCACUGUAACCUGCAGCCGGUGCACAUGGUGCUGGUGUUGCGAACAGCGCUUAAUCUCUUCUUCAAACUGCGAAACUUCAAAACAGCAGCAGGUUUCGCACGACGCCUCCUUGAGCUCGGACCCAAACCUGAGGUUGCACAGCAGACACGUAAGAUUCUGGCUGCGUGCGAGAAGACCCUGACGGACGCCCACCAGCUUAACUAUGACCCCCAUAACCCCUUUGAUCUUUGUGCUGCAUCCUUUACCCCGCUGUACCGUGGACGUCCUGUGGAGAAGUGUCCGCUCUCUGGUGCCUGCUACUGCCCAACGUACAAAGGCCAGGUCUGCCGGGUCACACAGGUGACCGAGAUCGGUAAGGACGUAAUUGGUCUGCGUAUAAGUCCUCUGCAGUUCCGCUGAGAGCAGAGGAUGAACAGUUUCACACAAACACACACAUUCUUCUUGUAUUCUCCCGCUGCAGAUGACAGAGAGGUGGAAUAGAGUGACCUGCUCUUUUUCUUGGUGUAGCUGUUCUUUCAGUCCAUCAGUCUGUGUAUUUCUGUGCUGUCAGAGCUUAGCUUGAGUCCCAGAUGCUCUGAGACCCUCACUCUUAAUAUACUCUUAAUUAUAUGUUUCAUAUUGUAAUCUGUUUAUCUCUUCAAAUAAUGGAAUAAAAGUUCUACAAUGAG